AUGAAAUUUUUAUCGCAUUCAUUGUCUGGGCUACCUGUACCACCCGAGAACAACACCGCUGAUAUGGAGCCAUCUCCGACGCAAACCAUAGCUCUGACAGUUCACCACGGUGGUACUCCUCACUCUUUCACUCUCAUAGAGACUGCAACCCUUCAAGACCUCGCGUCUGCCAUCGCCACCUCCCUCAACAUCCCAGUCGAGAACCAGAAGUUCCUGAUUGCCCCGAAACCAGGGCUGUUGAAACCUCCCUUCCCCGCAACCAGAUUAGAUAGUCUCAUGCAGCUGGACUCUCACAGACUCAAAAUUACACUUCUCGGCAGUGCAAGCAAAGAGAUCGAGACUCUGAAUGCGCAAGGUAUCGAAACAAAACGACGAGCUGAGGCCAGAGCCUCUGCGCGGGCAUCAGCGGCCGCGAUGUCCAGAAAGCCUACUCGCACCACAAGUGGAAUCCACACACUCGCCUCCAGCAGCAGCAGCAAUAAUUACACCUUUCACCGUCUUCUCCCUCUAGAUUACCUCCCGAACCCCUCGAGAUCCCUCACCUUCUUAUCUCGCCUCCGAGAUGACCCGGGAAUCCGCUCAGCCAUGGCUAAACACCGUUUCUCGGUCCCGUUGCUCACGGAAAUGGAUCCGGUAGAACACACAACCAUGUCCUCGCGUACGCUCGGUCUAAAUAGGAAUAAAGGCGAAGUGAUCGAGCUUCGUCUUCGAACGGACGCCUACGAUGGAUACAGAGAUUAUCGCACUAUCCGCAAGACAUUAUGCCAUGAACUUGCACAUUGCGUGCACAGUGAGCACGACAGCAACUUCUGGGCUUUAACAAGGCAGAUUGAGAAGGAAGUUGAGGCGGCGGAUUAUCGGGCACAUGGAAGGAGGCUGACUGAUCAGGAGUUCUACGAUCCAGGGGAUUGGGAGAGAGCCAGUCGGGAAGAUGAUAUCGACGAGAAGGGGUGGACCGGGGGAGAGUUUGUUUUGGGAGGACUCAGGAACCGUGAUGAUGGGGGUGGAGAUGGUGUCGAGAGUCGGAGGGAGAUCCUUGCUAAAGCUGCAGAGGAGAGGAUGCGGAAGGAGAAACAAAAUCACUAG